AUGGGAUCCAGCCGUCGAGAAUCAGCCUUGACUAAAUCCAUCCAAGCAGGUUUGCUUCGCGAUCCUGAUCGAUUUAAGAAAACAGCAUGGGGACAAGUCAAAGCUUUCUUUACAGUGAGAAGAAUCAAACUCAUUCGCCAUGAGAGUGAAAUGUUUUCAAAACUACGACAGGAAGUGUGGAAAUUUAACGAAGAUACCUAUCAAGCAAGUUUCCGCACUAGCGGCCAGAAGGCUCUCAAAUCAAUAGGCGACUUAGGGUACUCAGGUUCUUCAUUUUUCAGUACUCUUGAUGGAUACUUCGUGAUCAAAAGCCUUCCUCGGCGGUUUGAAUACUCUUUUUUCGAAUCGGAUCUGCUUGAGCCAUACUAUGCAUACAUGGUGGAGAAUCCAGACUCUGUACUCGUGUGGAUCACCGACUACAUCCUUGCUCCGUACAUGACCCUAGGAACUCUUUUUGGUUGCACGCCUUCUCAUCAUAUUGUCAUGGAAAGCAUCCUAUGCGGUCAAUCUGAUGACCCUAAUGGUCAAAACUGGGAAACAUAUGACCUUAAGCCAAUCGACUACUUUUACCCCGAGAGGGAUCUCAUGCCUGAGUCUCUCGUCAGCGAGGAAACUUUGAGCAGACUUGCAGAUACAUUUAACGACAAAUUACACCUUUGGCAGAAAGAUUAUGCUAGAUUUUGGGACUCCCUCGAGGCUGACACGAAGUUUUUACAAGACGCGAAUGCUGUUGACUACUCCUUGUUUCUUGUGCGGAUCCCGGCUGCUUCUUGCCCUAUUGUCCUCGGGAGAGAGAGUCCCUGGAGAACUGGAUUACUGUCUGCUGAUGGGAAGUGGAAAUAUCGUGCUGCAUUGUUAGACUUUUUCUGGGCUCGGCACAAAUUCCAGGCCCAGGCCCUCUCUGGAGUGGUACAGACUUUCAAUAUCAUAGGCCGCCAAGGCCCUAUGUCGAUCACAACGACAGCAAACGAGUACCGUGAUAACUUCUUGAAGAUGGUUAAGAAAAUGAUUGAGGUUCAUUGA